AUGGCUGGUGUAAAGCCUCUUUCCACUCCACUCUCUUCCACCAAACACCUAUCCAAGACUUCGGGUACACUAUUAGCUGACCCAACAGAAUAUCAGAGUAUUGUUGGGGCAUUGCAGUAUGCCAUUCUCACCCGCCCUAACAUCAUCUAUGCCGUCAACAAGGCCUGUCAAUUUCUGGCCCAACCAACGGAUUUGCAUUGGCAAGGUGUGAAGUGCAUAUUACAGUAUCUUAAGGGUACCAUUUUACAUAGGUUGCAGAUUUAUGAUCAAUCUUCAUGGGCCCUCUCUGCCUUCUUUGAUGCCGACUGGGCCAGUUGCCCCGAUGAUCGCAAAUCCACGAGUGGUUACUUGGUUUAUCUUGGGCGCAACUUAGUUUCUUGGCAGUCUCGUAAGCAGCACAUUGUGGCCUGUUUGAGUAUAGAGAGUGAAUAUCGGGCCCUUGCUUUGGCUACCAUCGAGCUUACAUGGCUCCAAUCAUUACUUGGUGAACUUGGGAUACCCAUUUCCUCACCACCAGUGAUUGGGCUGCAAUUGAUGGCAGCCCGAGGAUUUGAAGCACAUUCACAUGAUUUAAAGAUAUUCGUAGAUUCAGCAUCAACAUUGCACGGAGAUGAUACAAGCGCGAGAAGUCGGGUUAAUGGGCCGGAUUUGGGUUUAGAAGUUAUGGAGAAGAAGAUAUAA